GCUCGGUGGGCAGGGCUUGCUUGCCUCGUUGUCUAGCAUUCGGCGACUGCUGCAGUGAAGAAGGCAAAGACAACUCACUUGAAAGGAAGCACAAACAGGGGCUUGUUAUCUAGAAAGAGAGCCUAAGUCGCUGCGCAGAAGCAGAUAUGGCGGCCAUCCGGAAGAAGCUGGUGAUAGUAGGUGAUGGCGCUUGUGGGAAAACGUGCCUCCUUAUUGUUUUCAGCAAAGACCAGUUUCCCGAAGUCUACGUUCCCACAGUGUUUGAAAACUACAUCGCUGAUAUUGAAGUGGAUUGUAAACAGGUGGAGUUGGCAUUAUGGGAUACUGCGGGCCAAGAAGACUACGACAGAUUGAGGCCACUCUCCUACCCGGACACCGACGUCAUCCUCAUGUGUUUUUCCAUCGACAGCCCGGACAGUUUAGAAAACAUUCCUGAAAAGUGGACGCCGGAGGUGAAGCACUUCUGUCCCAAUGUUCCCAUCAUCCUGGUGGGGAACAAGAAGGACCUGAGAAAUGAUGAGCACACACGGAGAGAGCUGGCCAAGAUGAAGCAGGAGCCGGUCAAGGUCGAGGAAGGCCGUGAGAUGGCCAACAGGAUCAACGCCUUUGGCUACCUGGAGUGCUCUGCCAAGACCAAGGACGGUGUUCGGGAUGUGUUUGAGAUGGCCACCAGGGCGGCACUGCAGGUCCGCAAGCGCAAGAAGAGAAGUGCCUGCACAUUGUUGUGAGCCGUCAAUCCAGACGCAGUUGUGAAAAAAAUCAAGAAACAGGAGAAAGAGGAAAAAAAAAACACAAAACAAACUGACCUUUUUCCCCUCCCAAUGGCAUCUUUGUACUGUAUCCUGCAUUUCAUAGUAGGAGUCAGGCAUUAUACACAUACAGGAAAUGAACUUUUGUUUAUAUUGGAAAUUGAUGUUUGGGAAAAAAAACCCUGUUGAUUUGUUUUUUUGGUCUUCAAAACAAAAAGCAUGUUUUUGAUUUUGUAACCCGGCAGCGAUAAAACACGCACGCUAGAACACCACAUUGUGGAGCAAGGGCGGGCAGCAUCCUUCCUCGCUAAUAUUCCGUCUCUCUGAGGAAGGUCCCGUCCAAGGCGUUUACUCCCGCUAAAUCGACGCACGCGUUAAAAGCUAGUGCCUUGUUGUACAUUUUCUACAUCCCGUUACUUCUCUUUGUUGUCAUUGCGAAAUACAUUGAGGUGUUGGCUGCUGUUCAUGCUCUUCUUGCCUUGCACGCGUCAAGGGUAAAUUGCCUUUUCCUUUAAUGCGACAAACGCACAACACAGGAACGCUCGCCAAGUUACUCCAGAUGCGAUUAGCUUUGUGCAAACAUUAUCACAGUACAAAAACUGCAAUGAAAAAAAAAUCACACAAUAUUUAAAUUGGGCUUACGGGCGUACCCACCCGCCACUGGAAUCCGCGUUCGACUGGUUAGCCUGGAACUUGAGUCUUGGUAGCAUCAUUUGCUCACUUGGGUUUUAAGCAGGUUGUCAUUCUUUGCGUAUUUGACGGGAGUUGAGUGAGCGACAGCAAGGAAUUUGUUUUUCCCCCUCCUGGUGCCUUGUCAUUUCUGAUGUGCCAUCAGAAUUCUGUACCAGACCUGAUCGACCAGACGAGCUCGAGUUUCCGUUCUCACAGCGUAGAAAAAUUUAGGUAUAUUCUGCUUCAAGGUGUAAUUUCAAGAGGAAAUUGAAACCUGACAUUUAACCCUAAAGAUGAAUAUUACUUUUUUUAUGUCCUGAAUACUGUUCUAUUGUUGUCAGAUUGUGCUUAACCUCAACCUCGCUCAGCAGAACAUACAAAAAGUCAUAAAACGCUUCCUUAACUGUACUGCCAUUUAUGUCAUGUUUCAACACUGUACUAUUAAUACGAUGGAAACCUUAAAUCUCUCCGUAAAUCAAGAAACAGAUCCAACCGUCCAAAGGUUCCCCUGAAAGCAUCUUCAUUGAUGCUUUCGAGGCCCGGCCAACCUUCCUCAGGCAGACCGCAUCCCAGACCUAUGUCACUCAUUGGUAUAAUUUAACAUGUGUUUGCAUGGAAGCCCCUUGUUCCAUUCAUGUUUCUGUUGCAGGAUAGGCUAAUGAAUGUAUAACAAAGAUGUAUUAUUUGCUCCAGCCACUGUGCAAUAAUACACAACAAGCACACUGUCGUGACAAGAAAUAGACAACUUCAGAGCCAGUUCUUAUCAGUGCAUAUAAAUCUUGCCGCUGUUAAAUUGUGUUUAUUGUAUUAAGGCGGUCAUGCUGUCUAAAGAGCGGCAUUCCCAGAGUGUUUUGUGCGUAUGCUUGCUGCCGCUCAGUGUCACGUCACUCUUCACUGAGAGCAUUUCAAAUGAUGGAAUGCAGAUUUGAACACAAGCGCUCUGGCAGACACAGCUUUGUUAACAGCGAAUGUUUCAUCCCAAGUGAACAUUAAUAAACUAUUUUUG